AUGGAUUUUCUUAUCAUUUUUCUUUUACUUUUUAUUGGAACUUCAGAGACACAGGUUGAUGUUUCCAAUGCUGUUCCUGGUACUAGGUACGAUGUAACCAUCUCUUCUAUUUCUGCUACAACAUACAGCUCACCUGUUAGUAGAACAGUGACAACCAAUGUAACAAAACCAGGGCCUCCAGUCUUCCUAGCAGGAGAAAGAGUUGGAUCUGCCGGGAUUCUUCUGUCUUGGAAUACACCACCUAAUCCAAAUGGAAGGAUUAUAUCUUACAUUGUUAAAUAUAAGGAAGUUUGUCCAUGGAUGCAAACAGAAUACACACAAGUUAGAACAAAGCCAGACGGUCUGGAAGUUCUUCUUACUAAUCUUAAUCCUGGAACAACAUAUGAAAUCAAGGUUGCUGCUGAAAACAGCGCUGGUAUUGGAGUGUUUAGUGACCCAUUUCUUUUCCAAACUGCAGAAAGUGCUCCAGGAAAAGUGGUGAAUCUCACAGUUGAGGCCUUUAACUAUUCGGCAGUAAACCUGAUUUGGUAUUUACCUCGGCAACCAAAUGGCAAAAUUACCAGCUUCAAGAUUAGUGUGAAACAUGCCAGAAGUGGAACAGUAGUGAAAGAUGUCUCCAUCGGAGUAGAAGACAUUUUGACUGGGAAAAUGCCAGAAUGUAAUGAGAAUAAUGAAUCUUUUUUAUGGAGUACAACCAGCCCUUCUCCAACCCUUGGUAGAGUUACACCUCCAUCACGUACGACAUAUUCGUCAAGCACGUUGGCGAGGAGUAAGAUAAGCUCUGUGUGGAAAGAGCCUAUCAGUUUUGUAGUGACACAUUUGAGACCUUAUACAACGUAUCUUUUUGAAGUUUCUGCUGUUACAACUGAAGCAGGUUAUAUUGAUAGUACAAUUGUCAGAACACCAGAAUCAGUGCCUGAAGGACCACCACAAAACUGUAUAACAGGCAACAUUACAGGGAAGUCCUUUUCAAUUUCAUGGGACCCACCUACUGUAGUGACAGGGAAAUUUAGUUACAGAGUUGAAUUAUAUGGACCAUCAGGUCGGAUUUUGGAUAAUAGCACGAAAGACCUUAAGUUUGCAUUCACUAACCUAACACCAUUUACGGUGUAUGAUGUAUAUGUUGCAACUGAGACCAGUGCAGGCAUUGGACCCAAAUCAAAUAUUUCAGUAUUCACUCCUCCAGAAGUUCCAGGUGCAAUAUUUGAUUUACAACUUGCAGAAGUAGAAGCUACACAAAUAAGAAUUACUUGGAAGAAACCACAACAACCGAAUGGAAUCAUUAACCAAUACCGAAUCAAAGUUCUAGUUUCAGAGACAGGAGUAAUUCUGGAAAAUACUUUGCUCACAGGAAAAGAUGAGUAUAUAGAUGACCCCAUGACUCCAGAAACUGUGAACAUAAAAGAGUCAAUGGCAGAAUUAUUUGAGGGUUCAGCAGAGAUAUCUUCAGACCUCUACUCGCUUGCUUCAGCUAUAUAUAACAGUCAUGCACGUAAUAACUUCCCUGUGAGGAACAGAGCUGAAGACCAGCAUUCAGCAGUUGGAACUACAAGGAAUCUGUAUAUCACCAACAUUGCUGCUGAACAGCUGUCUUAUGUUAUCAGGAGACUUGUACCUUUCACUGAGCACAUGAUUAGUGUAUCUGCUUUCACCAUCAUGGGAGAAGGACCACCAACGGUUCUCAGUGUGAGGACACGUGAGCAAGUGCCAAGCUCCAUUCAAAUUAUAAACUAUAAAAAUAUUAGUUCUUCAUCUAUUUUGUUGUAUUGGGAUCCUCCAGAAUAUCCCAAUGGAAAAAUAACUCAUUAUACCAUUUAUGCAAUGGAACUGGAUACAAACAGAGCAUUCCAGAUGACUACUACAGAUAACAGCUUUCUCAUAACAGGGUUAAAGAAAUACACGAAAUAUAAAAUAAGAGUGGCUGCCUCAACCCAUGUUGGAGAAAGUUCUUUGUCUGAAGAAAAUGACAUCUUUGUGAGAACUCCAGAAGACGAACCAGAAUCAUCACCUCAAGAUAUUGAAGUUAUUGAUGUUACUGCAAGUGAAAUAAAUUUGAAGUGGUCACCCCCUGAGAAGCCCAAUGGGAUUAUUGUUGCUUAUGAAGUGCUGUAUAAAAAUAUGGACACCUUGUUUAUGAAGAACACCUCAACCACAAACAUAAUUUUAAGGGGCUUAAAACCUUACACCCUCUACAACAUUUCUGUCAGGUCAUAUACCAGAUUUGGUCAUGGCAAUCAGUUAUCUUCUUUACUCUCUGUAAGGACUUCUGAGACUGUGCCUGAUAGUGCACCAGAAAAUAUUACUUAUAAAAAUAUAUCUUCUGGAGAGAUUGAGCUGUCAUUCCUUCCCCCGAGUAGUCCUAAUGGAAUCAUACAAAAAUACACAAUUUAUCUCAGGAGAAGUAAUGGAAAUGAGGAAAGAACUAUAAAUACAACCUCUUUGACCCAGAGCAUUAAAGGACUGAAGAAAUAUACCCAAUACAAGAUUGAAGUGUCUGCUAGUACACUCAGGGGUGAAGGAGUGCGGAGCGAACCCAUAAGUGUACUGACUGAAGAAGAUGCUCCUGAUUCUCCCCCCAAAGACUUCUUUGUAAAACAGUUGUCUGGUGUCACGGUAAAGUUGUCAUGGCAACCACCCCUGGAGCCAAAUGGAAUUAUCCUCUAUUACACAGUUUAUGUCUGGGAUAGAUCAUCAUUAAAAGCUAUUAAUGUAACUGAAACAUCAUUAGAGUUCUCAGAUUUGGACUAUGAUGUUGAAUAUAAUGCUUAUGUAACAGCUAGCACCAGGUUUGGUGAUGGGAAAAUGAGAAGCAGUAUCAUUAACUUUCGAACACCUGAGGGAGCACCAAGUGAUCCUCCCAAAGAUGUUCAUUAUGCAAAUCUCAGUUCUUCAUCAAUAAUGCUCUUUUGGAUGCCUCCUUCAAAACCUAAUGGGAUUAUACAAUAUUAUUCUGUUUAUUACAAAAAUACUUCAGGUACUUUUGUGCAGAAUUUUACACUCCAUGAAGUAACCAAUGACUUUGACAAUAUGACCGUAUCUGCAAUAAUAGAGAAACUGGCAAUAUUCAGCUACUAUACAUUUUGGGUAACAGCAAGUACUUCAGUUGGAGAUGGGAAUAAAAGCAGUGACAUAGUUCAAGUAUACACAGAUCAAGACAUACCUGAAGGGUUUGUUGGAAACCUAACUUACAAGUCCAUUUCGUCAACUGCAAUAAAUGUAAGCUGGAGCCCGCCGUCUCAACCAAAUGGUCUAGUCUUCUACUAUGUUUCUCUGAGCUUACAGCAGACUCCUCAUCAUGUGAGACCACUUCUCGUUACAUAUGAGAGAAGCAUGUAUUUUGAUAAUCUGGAAAAAUAUACUGAUUAUAUAUUAAAAAUCACUCCAUCAACAGAAAAGGGAUUCUCUGAUACCUAUACUGCCCAGCUACACAUCAAAACUGAAGAAGAUGUGCCAGAAACUUCACCAAUAAUCAACACUUUUAAAAACCUUUCCUCUACCUCAGUUCUCUUAUCAUGGGAUCCCCCAGUAAAGCCAAAUGGUGCAAUAAUAAGUUAUGAUUUAACUUUACAAGGACCAAAUGAAAAUUAUUCUUUCGUUACUUCUGAUAAUUAUCUAAUAUUGGAAGAGCUUUCACCAUUUACAUUAUAUAGUUUUUUUGCCGCUGCAAGAACUAUAAAAGGACUUGGUCCUUCCAGUACUCUUUUCUUUUACACAGACGAGUCAGUGCCUUUAGCACCUCCUCAAAAUUUGACCCUAAUCAACUACACUUCAGACUUUGUAUGGCUGAAAUGGAACCCAAGUCCUGUUCCAGGCGGUAUUGUUAAAAUAUAUAGUUUAAAAAUUCAUGAACAUGAAACUGAUACUAUAUUUUAUAAGAAUAUUUCAGGUGUUCAAACUGAAGCCCAACUUUUUGGACUGGAACCAGUCAGCACCUAUUCUGUCAGCAUAUCUGCCUUUACAAAAGUCGGAAAUGGCAAUCAGUUUAGUAAUGUAGUAAAAUUCACAACUCAAGAAUCAGUUCCAGAUGCUGUACAGAACAUACGGUGUUUGGCCACUAGCUGGCAGUCAGCUUUAGUGAAGUGGGAUCCGCCCAAAAAGGCAAAUGGAAUAAUUAUUCAUUAUGUGAUAACAGUUGAAAGGAAUUCUACAAGAGUCUCUCCCCAAGAUCAAGAUCAUAUGUAUACUUUCGGGAAACUUCUUGCCAAUACCUCAUAUGUCUUUAAAAUAAGAGCUUCAACCUCAGCUGGUGAAGGUGAUGAAAAAACAUGCAACGUCAGCACACUACCUGAAGCAGUUCCCAGUGUUCCCACAAAUAUUGUUUUUUCUAAUGUUCAAUCAACUAGUGCAACAUUAACAUGGAUGAGACCUGACACUAUUCUUGGCUACUUCCAAAAUUACAAGAUCACCACUCAACUGCGGGCUCAGAGAUGCAUAGAAUGGGAUUCUGAAGAAUGUGUUGAAUAUCAAAAAAUUCAAUACCUUUAUGAAGCUGACUUAACUGAAGAGACAGUGUAUGGAUUAAAGAAAUUUAGAUGGUACCGAUUCCAAGUGGCUGCCAGCACCAAUGCCGGCUAUGGCAAGGCUUCCAAUUGGAUAUCUACACGAACCCUUGCUGGUCCUCCAGAUGGUCCUCCUGAAAAUGUGUAUGUAGUAGCAACAUCACCUUUUAGCAUCAACAUCAGCUGGAGUGAACCUGUUACCAUUACUGGACCAACAUUCUAUCUGAUCGAUGUCAAAUCAGUAGAUAGUGAUGAAUUUAAUAGGUCCUUCAUCAAGUCAAAUGAGGAAAAUAAGACCAUAGAAGUUAAAGAUUUGAAAAUAUUCACAAGGUAUUCUGUGGUGAUCACAGCAUUCACUGGAAACAUAAGUGCUGCAUAUGUAGAAGGAAAGUCAAGUGCUGAAGUGAUUGUUACUACUUUAGAAUCAGUCCCCAAGGAUCCACCUAACAAUAUGACAUUUCAGAAGAUACCAGACGAAGUUACAAAAUUUCAGUUAACAUUUCUUCCUCCUUCUCAACCCAAUGGAAAUAUCCAAGUAUACCAAGCUUUAGUUUACCGAGAAGAUGAUCCUACUGCUGUCCAGAUUCACAACCUCAGUAUUAUCCAGCAAACUGACACAUCCGUCAUUGCGAUGUUAGAAGGACUAAAAGGUGGACAUACGUAUAAUAUCAGUAUUUAUGCAAUUAAUAGUGCUGGUGCAGGGCCAAAGGUUCAGAUGAGAAUAACCAUGGACAUUAAAGCUCCAGCACGACCAAAAACCAAACCAACCCCUAUUUAUGAUGCCACAGGAAAACUGCUUGUGACUUCAACAACAAUUACAAUCAGAAUGCCAAUAUGUUACUACAAUGAUGAUCAUGGACCAAUCAAAAAUGUACAAGUGCUUGUAACAGAAGCAGGGGCUCAGCAUGAUGGAAAUGUAACAAAGUGGUAUGAUGCAUAUUUUAAUAAACCAAGGCCGUAUUUUACAAACGAAGGCUUUCCUAAUCCCCCGUGUACGGAAGGAAAGGCAAAGUUCAGUGGCAAUGAAGAAAUCUACAUCAUUGGUGCUGAUAAUGCAUGCAUGAUUCCUGGCAGUGAAGACAGAAUUUGCAAUGGACCUCUGAAACCAAAAAAGCAAUACUUAUUUAAAUUUAGAGCCACAAAUAUUAUGGGACAAUUUACUGAUUCUGAUUAUUCUGAUCCUGUUAAGACUUUAGGUGAAGGACUUUCUGCAAGAACUGUAGAAAUUAUUCUCUCAGUCACUUUGUGUAUUCUUUCGAUCAUUCUUCUUGGGACAGCUAUUUUUGCAUUUGCAAGAAUUCGACAGAAGCAGAAAGAAGGUGGCACGUACUCUCCUCGAGACGCAGAAAUUAUUGACACUAAAUUCAAGCUGGAUCAGCUCAUCACUGUGGCAGACCUGGAACUGAAGGACGAGAGAUUAACGCGGUUACUUAGUUAUAGAAAAUCCAUCAAGCCGGUAAGCAAGAAGUCCUUCCUGCAACAUGUUGAAGAGCUUUGCACAAACAACAACCUAAAGUUUCAAGAAGAAUUUUUGGAAUUGCCAAAAUUUCUUCAGGAUCUUUCUUCAACUGAUGCCGAUCUGCCUUGGAACAGAGCAAAAAACCGCUUUCCGAAUAUAAAACCAUAUAAUAAUAAUAGAGUGAAGCUGAUAGCUGAUGCUAGUAUUCCAGGAUCGGAUUAUAUUAAUGCCAGCUAUGUUUCUGGCUACUUAUGUCCAAAUGAAUUUAUUGCCACUCAAGGUCCAUUACCAGGAACUGUUGGGGAUUUUUGGAGAAUGGUGUGGGAAACCAGAGCAAAAACAUUAGUAAUGCUAACGCAGUGUUUUGAAAAAGGGCGGAUCAGAUGCCAUCAGUAUUGGCCAGAGGACAACAAACCAGUUACCGUCUUUGGAGAUAUAGUGAUUACGAAGCUAAUGGAGGAUGUUCAAAUAGAUUGGACCAUCAGGGAUCUGAAAAUUGAAAGGCAUGGAGAUUACAUGACUGUUCGACAGUGUAACUUUACUGCUUGGCCUGAGCAUGGGGUCCCGGAAAACAGUGCCCCUCUAGUUCACUUUGUAAAAUUGGUUCGAGCAAGCAGAGCGCAUGACACCACACCCAUGAUUGUUCACUGCAGUGCUGGAGUGGGAAGAACUGGAGUUUUUAUUGCUCUGGACCACUUAACACAACAUAUAAAUGACCACGAUUUUGUGGAUAUAUAUGGAUUAGUAGCUGAACUGAGAAGUGAAAGAAUGUGCAUGGUCCAGAACCUGGCACAGUAUAUUUUUUUAUACCAAUGCAUUCUGGAUCUCUUAUCAAGUAAAGGAAGUAAUCAGCCCAUCUGUUUUGUUAACUAUUCAGCACUUCAGAAGAUGGACUCUUUGGAUGCCAUGGAAGGUGAUGUUGAGCUUGAAUGGGAAGAGACCACCAUGUAAAUAUCCAGACCAAAGAUUACAACCGGAAGAUAUUUUCAAACCCCGGGGGCCAAAAUUUCCCCCUCAUUCUUCUGAAUUGAAAUGUGUAACCUUAAAGAAAGGUCUAUGUUUCUGUUACUGUGCCUUACUAAAUGGAUUGACAUUUUAGGAAUAGUUCUAGGAAAUAGCUAAUUCAGGAUAGUCAUUUUGUUUUGUACAGAAUACACAUUGAAAAUGUUUAAGAAAAGAGAUCCCAGAGAUUUUUGAAGUCUUCCAUAUUUUUGGAAUGAGCCAAAUAGAAAAUGAUCAUUAGAUUAGCAUGAAUGUUUCCAGGUAAAUUUUCCCCACAUAUUGGAUUGAAUCUUGAACAAGAAUUGUAAAUGUUGAUUUGGUCGUGUUAUUUUGGCCUCCAGGGUGUUAAUGUUCCUUGUGGAUAACUUCCAGGACUGUCCUAAUGCUCUGUACUUCCGUGUACACCCCUGGGUUUUGAAUCCUCUGUUUUAUGAGUGCUGAGAUAUCAUCUCGUGAUCUCCAACAGCUGAACAGUAACCCCUUGACACUGCCGGGAUUACUCAGCCUUUAUACAACACACAGUAGCUCUUCAGGGACACUUAGGGCUAUGUAAGUUGCUUUGUGAUCUUUAGUUUGAAAAACAAAAAGAAAAAUGAAACAGUGCGAUUGCUCAUAGGGAGCUGUAGAGUACUUUGUACUGUCUACAUUUGUACCUUUUUCAGGACGAGUUGUACCACUAUGCUGUAUCAUUUAAUACAUGGUUAAAUGUAUCAGAGUAUUUGCCUAUUAGAUGUCUGUGCAACCUAAUAUUGAUAGUUUUGGAAGGUCUCUUGGGCAGAAAUGUAUGAUGUAUGGCAAGCUGGUAAACUAACGAUACGCUGCUGUGGUACCAACAGAAAUUAUGAAUAGAUUACCUAAAAGGAUCUUUUUUCAUCUCCCAAGGUAGAUCAUGGAGGUGUGUAUCUGGUGGAACUGCAAAAAAGGGAUUAACCAGGUGGUAGCAAAUUAGAGAUUUUUUUCUUAACAUUUUUCAACCUCCUUUUUGUUAGUGACAAUGUACUAAGUAAGUUUUGAACUAUAUGAAAUUAUUUUGUCAUAGAUUUCAAUUAAGGAUCAUAAAAUGAAAUAGUAUCAGUUAUUCUAUUUCUUCUAUG